UCUCUCUCUUUUUCUUUUUUUUAGAGGGAUUGUGAUGAACCGAAACGUGUGGAGACGAUUACUUCAGUGGCCGUUAAUGAUGAAUCGUGAUACGAAUGAAGCACCGCAGACCGAGAGUGUUUCGAUCACUUUAAGUGACACAUCGACUGUCAUCGAAAGCAACAGCCUAUCGACUGUCAUUGAAACGGACACAAUCAGCCAUAACCAAAUACAACGAUUAGCAGUCUCGAAGCCCGACAUAAAGAAAAGGAAACGAGUGCUUAUCCAGAAAAGGAGCAAAAGAGCACGAGAAUCAACACCGUCAUUGACAUCAUGGGCAACCGAUUCGGAUGUGGAAUGGGAAGAACAUCCUGACGCAUGGGCCUAUUUACAGGAUGACAAAGGUGUUGGUUAUUACCUUUUGGACUGUCAGUCGCUGGAAGAUGAUCGGAAAGGCUAUUUGAUUGGUAGUGACAGUUCAUGCGACAUAGUUAUAGACGAUGAGCGUAUUCAACCAAGACAUUGUUUGAUCUAUGUGGAGAACUAUACGGGUAUCGACAAUAAAUGUACCAUCCGAGUAUUUCUAAAAGAUAUCAGUGAGACAACAUGGCCUACCAUAACCUCCGUCAAUAAAAAUGUCAUUCAAAAACAAUCUAAAGAGCCUGUCUGGCUUCAGAAUUUAGAUCAUAUCCGAUUUAUUUCACCAAGAGAGAACAAGCCUAAAUCCUUGCCCUAUGUUAUUUACCUAAGGCCAAAUAUCAUUGCUAAAACUUUUCUGGAUGAAUUCAAGCUGGGUCAAUUGAUUGGCAGAGGUAAUUUCGCUUCUGUCUACAUUGCAACAAUGAAGAAACGAGAUCCCACACAGCCCGAAUAUUACGUUGUUAAAAUCAUAAACAAGGAUUCAUUCAAGCAUCAAACUAAAUCACUCGAAUCAUUCGAGCAAGAAAUCAGUGUACUCAUGUUAUUACAAAAGCAUCCAGGAGUUGUAGGCAUUGUCAAAGUGUUUGAUAGCGCCAAAGAAUACCACAUUGUCAUGGAAUAUAUUUCGGAAGGAGAUUUGUUUUCCCACAUUACGAAUUGUGGUUCAUUGACCGAAUCCAGCACAAAAAUAAUAUUUAAACAACUCUUUCAUACAACCAAGUAUUUACAUGAUUCUGGUGUGGUUCAUCGAGACAUUAAACCCGAAAACAUUAUGAUGGUAAAUAAAAUUGAUAUGCAAGUAAAAAUAUGUGAUUUCGGAUUGGCUAGUCUUCAACAAGAUAAUUUAAUGACUCGAUGUGGAACAGAAUACUACGUGGCACCUGAAGUGCUUGACUUAAAGCAAAAGAGUAAAUUGUUCGAUCAAAUCACUUCCAAAGAUCCAUCGACAACAGCCUAUGGAAAGGAAUGUGAUUUAUGGAGUCUGGGCGUUGUGCUUUAUGUGUGUCUCUGCGGAACUGUACCUUUCCAUGAUGAACAAGGUACAUUUGGUUCAUUUUCUACCCGACAAAGUAUUUUAACAGGACGGUAUAAUUUUAAUGCGCCUGUAUGGAGGGACAUAUCAAGCAAAGUCAAAUCAUUGAUUGAAGGUUUACUGACAGUGGAUGUAAAGAAAAGAACAACUGUAGAUGAAGCACUGAAUCACCCUUGGUUUACCCAAGAGGAGUAGUCUGGUUUAAAUCAUAUUACAACAAUGUUUUUUCUUUAUAUUCUGGGGUCUCGUGUUUGCAUAAUUUUAAUAAAUCAGUAGGAAUGCAAGUAAUAAUCACUUUUUAAUUUGGACGGAUCGAAAUUAUUUUCAGAUAGUCACUUGCAGCAUAAAAUAUCCAGAUAAAGUAACCCUUACUGUAGUAAUCCUCCAAGCGAAAGAUAAACUCCAGCAAAAAAAAAAAAGUAAUCAACCCCAAUUUCCGGUAACUGGUGGUGGUGGUGAGGGGAAUGGAUGAUAAAAGUUGUCCGGACCGGGGAGUUUCCGAGCUGGAGGGGGAUCUCUCAGCUUACGAGAUGUCAGCUACUGCAGUAAGUUGU